GGAAAAGUUUGUCCCUGCUGGUGUGUGACCACAGCAAAGAAGCCCAGAUUCAGCCACCUCUUGUCCCUACCUAAGAAUUUUACAGACCUUCUCUCAUUCUAUCCUAGGACGCUUCCAUUGAACCUCAUACUAGGAGUUCAACUAUGGAGAAUCACACUGAGAGAAAAACUGAGAGACAAACGAAGACAUCCGCUAAUCAAAUGGAAAAAAACACACGUGAAGAUCCCAUAACCAGUAAGGGACUAUUGGAAUUGAGAAGGGUUUUGAAAGUGAUUUCAGCAGUCCCCAGAGGUUUGAAUCCUCACAUCAAGGAAUUUAUACAUACAGCUUUGUCCUUGCAAGUGGUACAGGAUGAUGAUGGUGCAGCUGACAAUCUCAGAGGGGUGCCAGCAGUUCCCAGUCUAUCUUUGGAGGUAUUGAUCACCCAGCUGGAUAUGACACUUGAGAAAAUUCGAGCUGCUAAUUGUAAUAGACAGUUAAAUGUGGACUAUUAUCUGACAUUACUAUUUAUAUAUGGAUUAGCACUCAUUGAAAGAGGGACAAAGCAGGAUUAUUCUGAAGCUAGAAGUAAAUUCAUGACAAUGAAAAUGGAAAUUCAGAAGAAAGACGAUCGUAGAAAUUUUUUAUCUUUAGUUUAUUUUGGAUGUGGUUUACUACUAGUUACUCAAAAAAGAUAUAAUGGAGGGUUACUGGAAUUUCAAAAAAGCAGGCAAGAAAUAAAAGAUAGUAAUGAAAACUGGUAUGGUAUAGACCCUAUAAAAGAAGAAGAUUUACCUGAAACAUUUCAAGAUCUUCUUGAUGACUACAUUAAAAAAUAUGAAAAUCACAUAGAAAAGGGGACUAUUUGCAGUUCUCCAGACUGUGAGCGGUCUUGUGAGGCUGAUAUUUUAAAGAAAUCUAAAUAUAAGGGUUUUGUUCAUCUUGUUUGCAGUGAAAACUGCAAUAUCUACUUCCAUAAAACUUGUUGGGAAAAGCUCAAGAAUAUAAACCAUUCUGGGAAAAGUGAUGAGAGUUUUAGCAAAAAAACGUGUUUGAAAAAAGGAUGUAUUGGUAACAUUGUAAAGAUGCAAAAAUGUGAAGGACCUGGCGUCUUUAAUAUUCUGUUUGACAUUUUGAAAAAGGAUGAAUGUGGGCAAAGCUGUUUUAAAAAAUUCAAGACUCUUCCGGUCACUGAAGCUACAAAAAUACAGAAGUUAAAUUUAAAAGGAAAAGGUUAUAAUCCAGAAGAGAUCUUUCAGGAUGAGAUACUAGAACAGAAUGCAUCUCCAAUAGACUCUAUUAAAGAUAUGAAAUCAGACCCAGAAGAACUGCCAGCAGAAAUUCCUAAAGAUGAAAAAUCAGCACCCAGUGAAUCUUCAGUAGAAUCCAUUAAAGAUGUCCAGGAGAGUGCUCAAGUUAACAAUAAAUCAAAGAAGAAGAGAAAGAAUAAGACUAAGAAGAAUAAAGAGCUGAAUAAAGAGCAUAGUCCAAAUAUUCUCAGAAAGGAAGAACAGGUAGAAAAAAUUCAAGAGUUAAAUCCACAUCUGAGUAAUGGACCAGAGAAAAAGAACCCAUGUGAUCUCCAGAGUCAUCCUGCUGCUGAAAAAGAGUUCUGUAGCCCAGCUCAGUCAGACACUCCAGACUUCCCAGAUCAGGGCUCAAGGGACAGAUCAACCACAAAACACGUAAAAAGUCAAGAAGAAACCAGGGAGCAGCAGCAGCAGCAGCUCUGGGAAGCACGGAGACAGUGUGCAGACUUCAAAAAACAGUUAGAAGCCAUGAUUCUGCAGUGGCAACAGAAGCAAGUACAGAUUAAAGAGAAAGAUAAAGUCAUUGCUGGUCUUAACCAACAAGUUUCUUCUGGAAACCACAAGGUUUCCAAAUUACAGCAGGAAAUCCAGGCUAAAGAUUCUGAAAUCAGGAAACUUAAAGAGAAACUUGCUUCAGAAAGAUGUCAGUGGGAAAGGGAGAAGAAUAAACUGGAAGCCAAAGCUAAAAAGUGCUUGAGCAAGCUGAAUGGAGAAACCAAUAGAGCUAUAACAGCAGAGGUGUGGUUCCUGCAGAGCCGAAGAGAUUUUGGCCUUCAUCAGCUAGAACAGACUGAGAGGGAGUGCCUGCUUCAACUUAUCCGUGCAACCACCAUGGCAUCAAGCCAUCCAGAAUCACUUCAGCUAAAAGCAGCUGUAGAAAGUUGGGAUACCAUUGUGGCAGAUGUCAGGAACAAAAUCGCAUUCAGCAGGACACAAUACAAUGAACAAAUUGCUCUGGUGAAGAAUGGUUAUCCUCUGAAUUGCUUGCCUCCAGUACAGAUUCCUCCACCACCACCCAGUCCUGAUAUAUUGAUGCAGCACUUCUUGGGAAAGCAUUUCAUGAAAGAAAGUUCCUUGAGAGCUAUUCCCAAUCCUCCUCAGCUUGCUUCAUCAUACUCUGGAGUUGGCUCUACUGCUAGCCAGGCUAGACCACCUUUGGUGACGGGUAUGGCCCAGUCUUUACAAGUGCCAGUUUUGGAAACUGGAAUUUCUGAGGCAGUCAUGGGAAAUGAGCGUAUCAAGAUCAGCUGGGAGAGGAUUAUGGAUAAGCUGAAAACUGCCUUUCCAGAAUAUAGCAGGAAGGAGCUCACAGACCUUUUACGAAAACUGAAGGAUGCCAAUGGUAGAUCCUUGACUGGGCUGACAUUUGAUGAAAUAGUUCGUAGAGUUUCCCAAAUGAUUGAACCUAAAAGAUCCCAGAACCAAGUAAAAGGAGUGCAGAGUGCUGAUUCUAUUCCUCCUAGCCACCCUCAACCCAAACCCAGCGUCGACCAGCCCCCACGCUCUGCCUGGAGACCCCUUAACCCACAGGUCCCUGUGGCAUGGGAAGGGACCAAAAAUUUGGGCGAUGAAGAGGAGCCUUGUGUGAUCUGCCAUGAUAACCUCACUCCAGAGAACCUUUCUGUGCUGGCUUGUGCUCACAAAUUUCAUUCUCAAUGCAUUAAACCAUGGCUGAAACAACAAGGGACGUGUCCUACAUGCAGACUCUAUGUUGUGCUGCCGGAAGAAUUUCCGGGUCUUCCCAGCAGACACAUACCCAAAAUCUGAUGCAAGGGGACGAAUGGUGUCAAACGAGAUCAGUUUCUGCACUCCAGAAUUCUGCUUUGCCUUAUUGGCUGAUAUUGUGAGGUGGUGGGAAGUGAUGCACACAGCUGUUCCAUAACAGAAGAACUAGCUAACCAGAGUGAGGAUAUGAUACAUCUUCAGAGUUUGCAGUCUACAUUCAUAAUAUGUAGACAGAAUUUGACUUUAAAAAUUGAUGUCUUUAUACUUUCCCUUUCCUUAAUAGGCAUACCUUUCUACUCCAAGUGCAACUAUUAAUAACGUGCUAGCUUUACAAAGUCCUCUUGUUUUUAGUUUUCCACCAGCUCCCUUCCAGUUAUAGCCAUCGUCUACUUAAAUGGAGAAGAGAGACUUAUGCAAGAGAUAAAAGAUGAGCAGUGAAGAAGUGGACACAUUCACAAGAUGCGAAUGAAAGAAAUCCACAGAUUAUUCCAAAAAUUCUGUUCUUCCAUUAACUUUGAUCUCUAACGUCAUUAGCAUGUAAACUAGAAGCAUAAUUUAAUUGUUUGAGUUUUUGCUUUUCCCCUUUGCUUCAUCUUCCUAGGGAGAUACUUUGACUUUUGGUGCCAGCUAAUUUAAGAGUAAGAAGGAGUAAGACUAUAUUUAAAGGUUCCACCACCUCAUCACUCUCUAAUUCCUUAAACCUGAGCAACCUGGUUUCUAUGUCCAACAUUGCUUUCUUGAAGGCCACCACUAUUCUUCUUACUAUCAAGUCCUUUUCAAUAAUUUUUCAACUUUCUGCAACAUUUGACACUAUUCACCAACGUUGUCCUCAUUUGGCUUCUGUGACACUAAUUCUCCAAACUUUCUCCAUCUAUUCAUUAACUCUUUCAUUCAACAAUUUUUUUGUACCUGCUGUGUGCAGGCACAAACAUUUUUCCAGCUUGUAGGGGAGAUUAAAAAAAUAGUUUAGAAAAGACACUGCCCCUUCUUUCAUAGUGCUUACUGUUUAGUUGGGGGAUAAGACACAAGCACAGAUUAUUAUAAUACAAAAUGUUGUAAAAGUUAACCACAGAAUUGUAGAUUAAAAUGAUCUUUGUCUCUUCUUUCUCCUCUCCUCCCUAUAGGUAUUUCCUUCAGGUUUUUCCCUUUACCUCCUUGUCUUGCUACCCUCUCACCCUUGGUAACCUAAUCUACUCACACAAAAAUUACUUCUAUGUGAAUGACUUAAAUCUUUGGCUUCCUCCAACCCUCAUCUUUCUCCUAAACCCCAUUGCUAUAUUGAUAGCUGUUAUCUGGUCAAAAGCUCAUCCCAUCAGCUUCUUCAAACUCCACAUCAAAAACUCAUUUUCUACCCUAAAUCAGAUAAUUUUCCUGACCACUAAUGGGUCCACCCUUCUCCCUGGCCUUCCAUCUCCCUUCUUUCCCCACAUCUAAUCAAUUACCAGGUUCUAUCAAUUUUAUAUACUCAAUAUCUCCUCCCUCCACCCUCAUUCUGUUGCCACUGCCACCUCCCAGUUUGUGUCCCCAUUGUCCCUUGCUUGGACUACUGCCAUCACCUCUUAACUGCUUGUGGCUAGACCAGACAACCCCUUUCACUGUUCACUGAGCCUUCCUUGUGCUUCCUACUCCCUAUACUUCUGCUCAUGUUACUCCCUUUACCUGACAUGCCCUACAACUAGGCACAGUGUCUGCCUUGUCAAAUUUUUCCCGUUCUUCAGAUCCCAGUUCUAAUACCAACCCCUUCAUGAAGCCUUCCCUGACCUUCUUCCCAGUUAGUUGUAAUUUCUUCCAUAUCUGAAUCCCCAUAAUAUGUUUUUUAUUACUUUAUUAUUGUGCUUCUGCUUUGUAUUACAUUUAUAAACUUUUCCUAUGCCUACUACUUAGACUGCAAAUUCUUUGACAAAGCCCUGGGACAGGCAGUGUUUCCUUCCUCAGGGUAUGCAUUCCUCCCAACUGAGGUAGGGAGACUGAAUCGGCACCCCUUGUCAUCAUCCUCUACUGACUUGUUCCCCAUGGUGGGUUGAGGCCCCAAGGGUGAGGGAGUGGGGGACACUGAAGCAAAAGGAUGUAGGUUCUCUCCUUUUCUCCCAUGGCUGCUCAAAGUAGGGCCACUUUUCUCCUCUCUGAGAUCCUUUGCCCCUCCAGCAGCCCCUGUUCAGUUCAUUCCUAACUCUCCUUAGUUCCUCUUCUCCUCUGUCCUUUAGAACCACUGUUGUUAACAUUCUUUCAUUCCAAUCUUGUCACAUUCCUCUCUCCCCUCUCUUGGCACCCUCUCUGAUGUUGGCUUCUUCUCCAGUACUCCCUGUUGCUCUCCACUGCCACUUUCAGAACCCUCUCUUGGCCAUAUAGUGCAGGACCUAGCUCCGCUUCCACUUCAUGCUGUCCAGGUCCUGAGUGUUGUUACUGCUGUUGCUGCUUGUUUGUUGUCACUGCAGGUCAAUAGCCCUCUUCUGCAGUGUGUUCAGUGUGUGGUUUAUGGCUUUCCCUGUCCCAAAUCACAGCUUUCCAGUUCCUAAACUUCCUCAACUCCCAUGACCUCUGUUCAGCCACAGUCAGGAAUGGUCCAACUCUAAACCACUCUGCUCCCCAAGUAAAUUCAUAUUAGCUGCUGGGAUUUCUAGUUACAGCAACAGCAGGCAUGUUUUCUUCCAUUUUGUUACCAACUACAGUACCUAGAACAGGGCCUUUCAUGAAAGUAGGAGCUUCACAAAUAGGUACUGACUAUUGAAUACAGACGGAGAAGGGAGAAUUAGUGGAAGCAGGGCUCGAUCCACAAACUAGAGAAUUGUUGAAUAAUCGAUAGGUAUUCACUUAUAGACCUGAGUCUUCCCCAGCUACUUUUGUCCUCCCUUAAAAAAUCUCCAAUUUCACCCAUUUGACCGAAGCCAGAGAACUUCCUGAUUGUAUGUAUUUUUUGUAUUGUAUGGUGAUACUCUCAUAUCAAUGCCUGGUUAGUCCUACCACCCGGAUCUUAACACUGAGAACUGUUAUGAUUGUAACUGAAACAGUUGUGACGGGCACUGUGUUGUUAUGAAAGUGAAGAUGGUGUUAUGUAAGUACCAACUCCAGAAUUAAAAGAAUUCAGUUCCUCUUGUCAGACCAUGGUCAUGGUCUUGGUUUCUGUGGACCUUAAGUCAACAAUUUUCCCUGUAUGCUUUAGACUAAAUGUGUCAUUAAACUUUUAAAUCUC